AUGGAUAGAGUGAGAGACUUGGCGUCAAAGAAGGCUGCAGUGAUCUUUACAAAGAGCUCGUGUUGCAUGUGCCACAGCAUCAAGGCACUGUUUUAUGAACUUGGUGCAAGUCCUGCAAUUCAUGAACUUGAUCAGGACUCAAACGGGAAGCAAAUGGAAUGGGCACUGCGAAGCCUGGGCUGUACUCCGACUGUCCCGGCUGUGUUCAUUGGCGGAAACUUCGUCGGCUCUGCCCCAGAAGUCAUAUCCCGCCAAGUCGACGGGUCUUUGAAGCAACUGCUCAUUGAUGCCGGAGCUAUCUGGUUCUAG